AUGGGUUCCUUCUCAGUUGAGAAACAGAGAUCCAAGCAACCCAUGGAAAGGAAAACGACGAAAGGGUUCGAGCGUUUCGAUGUUGUGACGGACGACAGAGACCAUCGUUUUCGAGAUUCGAAUGAUGGGAAGAGCUUCAACGAUGGAAGCAGUGAACUUUACAAAACGAUCAUGAGAGAGUGGAAGAUUCUGGAGAAGAACUUGCCGGAAUCAAUCUACGUCAGGGUGUACGAGCAACGCAUUGAUCUAAUGAGGGCUGUAAUCGUAGGCGCCGUGGGCACACCCUACCACGAUGGUAUCUUCUUCUUCGACAUCGUGUUCCCUGCGAAUUACCCGAAGCACCCUCCGAAGCUGUAUUACCACUCCUUCGGGUACAGACUGAACCCUAAUCUGUACAAUAACGGAAAAGUGUGCUUGAGCCUGCUGAACACGUGGCACGGGAGAAAGAGAGAGAAGUGGGACCCAAGCGAGUCGACGAUGCUGCAGGUUUUGCUCUCGAUCCAAGCCCUUGUUCUGAACGAGAAGCCGUUUUUCAACGAGCCUGGUGUCGACAAGGGUUUGGGUCGUUUCGGCUUGAGCUUGGAGAAGAAGUCACGUGUGUACAACGAGGGUGCGUAUUUUACUACUUGCAGAACCUCGUACCAACUGCUUCGGAGGCCGCCUCGGAACUUCGAAGAGUUCGUGAGUGGCCACUUUCGCGAGAGAGCGAGUCGCAUAAUCGACGCUGGAAGGCAGUACGCGAGUGGGCACGUGAGGAUCGGGUACUACUCGUGCGAGUCGGCUCCGUCGUCUUCAUCGGGGGUGGUCGUUUCGCCUGAAUUCAAGGUCAGGAUAAAGGAGUUUUUCCCACUGUUUGUUCGCGCGCUUCGACAGAACGAGAACGGUGCUCCUGUGGACGGUGUUGAUUUGCGAUGUACGACGAACUUCGUGGUCACGGCAUGGAAUGACACCGAUGGCGAUUGGAUGGAGGAUCCCGAAAACAAAGGUGGUGGAUUCUUCAAAACGAUGAUGGAUAAGAUCAAACAGUCUUUUGGAUGGAAGAACAUUGGAAACAAUAAUAGUAGCUAG